AUGCCACGCCAAACCAAAAGAGGUGCCACCCUCACCCAAAUGACCCAACUGAUUCAACAGCAUGUACAGGGAGCAAUGGUCAAUUCUCUGGUGAAUGACGGCAGCAAUGAGUCCCCAGAGGACAGUGAUUUGGAAGAAGCCAUAGUGGCCUUCAUCAUGCUCAAGAGAUGCCACUACCACGCUCCUUGA